CCACCCAGCCCUGGGGGCUGCGGGACUCCCCCUCCCAUGCCAGGGCCCUGGGUAGGCGGUCCUAAGGGAGGGGCAGGCUGUUAUCUGUGGUCACUGGCGGAGCCCCGGAGGGGUGGGGCUGGCGGCUGGGACACUUGGAGAUCAAACCCUCCCCAACGGUCCCUCUUGUUUUGAUCCAGGCCCAGCAGCUUGGGGGAGGCGGAAUGGAAAACUCCAGGUUCUGCUUACAAAGAGAGACCCAGAGACAGCAGGGAGCUGGGUUCGGGGACCAGGAGUGCGGGGGCCCAGCCCUGCCAUCUUCCCACAGACACUGUCCCCUGAGACGCAUGCCAGGGACUCUGCAGCCAACAGGAUACAGGUCUGAGAGCCCUGGGGCGAGGUGAAUCAGUGCGGAGCCGAGCGAAGCCACCCGGGUGCUGUGAGCAGCCGCUGCAAUGUGUGUUACGCUGCCCGCUGCCGGGACACCCCUCCAGUGACGGAGCACGCAAUGACCUAACACAGCACCUUUCCCCAGCCCCUGGGCUCCAGCCCGGCCUGCUGCCUCCACCAAAAUGUGCAGACACCUUCGCCGCCUGGCUGGUGUCCGUGUGCACCGCUGCCCCUCGCUGGGCUGUGCUAGCAGGCCCACCCCGCCAGAGCAGAGCAGAGCAGAGCGCCCCCAUGGCUGGGGAGCAAUGCGGCCCUGGGGGACGGAGUGACCCCCGCUCAGCAGGAACUGCGGGAAGGGAGAGGAGCGGCUUUUUCUUCAGAGUCGCAGCCACAGAAAACCCAGCCGGACCCUCCUCCCCCACAGAGGGUAACGCCGAUUGCCAGGGUGCAGGUUUCCCUGAUGGAGCAUCACCAGGGACCCCAGUGGGGACUCCAUCCCCCUAACCCCCCUGGGAGCUGAGCAGGAUCGCCCAUUGGGGGGAUCUCCCAGUCGGUGUCCCAGGCUCUCAGCGGCCUUCGCCCUCCCACCCGGGUUCGGGAUUAACAGUCCCAUCGGCGCUGACAGUGCAGCUCAACUCUGGGGCUCCCCAGGGGAGGGAGACAUGGCACAUCCUUUGGGAAACCUGCCCCACAGCCAGCCCUGCCGCACUCCCCACAGGUGCCCCCAGAGCUCCACACCAGACACAGCCUGGGGGGCAGGACUUGGUGAGGAAAGUGGCGUCCCUGGCUACACGUGGGUGCUGCGUGGGAGCCGCCUGGAAGGCUUCCCGGACAGGGAGGCAGGGCCUGGCAGCUGCCGCCUCAUGUCCCCGGACCAGCUCCGGCCUGACGGGUUUUCAGACACGGAUGCGGAGUCCGGGGGCUCCCAGCGCCUGAUUCGCAGCGUGGCUGGACACUUACAGCUCGCUGCAGUCACUGCCAGACACCCCGUCUGCUCCCCCAAACCACCCCAGUACCCUCCCUCAGACACCCCCACAACCACCAGACACCCCACCUGCUCCCCCAAACACCCCAGCUCCCCUCCCUCAGACACUCCCACGCCCCCAGACACCCCACCUGCUCCCCCAAACACCCCAGUACCCUCCCUCAGACACCCCCACGCCCCCAGACACCCUGCCUGCUCCCCCAAACACUCCAGGUCCCCUCCCUCAGACACUCCCACGCCCCCAGACACCCCACCUGCUCCCCCAACCACCCCAGUACCCUCCCUCAGACACCCCCACGUCCCCAGACUCCUGCCUGCUCCCCCAACCACCCCAGUACCCUCCCUCAGACACCCCCACGCCCCCAGACACCCCGUCUGCUCCCCCAAACCACCCCAGUACCCUCCCUCAGACACCCUCACAUCCCCAGACUCCUGCCUGCUCCCCCAACCACCCCAGUACCCUCCCUCAGACACCCCCACGCCCCCAGACACCCCGCCUGCUCCCCCAAACCACCCCAGUACCCUCCCUCAGACACCCCCACACCACCAGACACCCCACCUGCUCCCCCAAACACCCCAGCUCCCCUCCCUCAGACACUCCCACGCCCCCAGACACCCCACCUGCUCCCCCAAACACCCCAGUACCCUCCCUCAGACACUCCCACGCCCCCAGACACCCCACCUGCUCCCCCAAACACCCCAGCUCCCCUCCCUCAGACACUCCCACACCACCAGACACCCCACCUGCUCCCCCAAACACCCCAGUACCCUCUCUGAGACACCCCACCUGCUCUCCCAGACACCCCAGUACCCUCCCUCAGACACCCCCACACACCCCCUCACCCAGGCACCCGCCUGCUCCCCAAACCACCCCACUAUCCUUUCUCAGAGGCACCCCCGCAUCCCCAGACACCCCGCCUGCUCCCCCAAUCAUACCAGUACCCUCCCUCAGACACCCCCACACCACCAGACACCCCACCUGCUCCCCCAAACACCCCAGUACCCUCCCUCAGACACCCCCACGCCCUGAGACACCCCGUCUGUUUCCCCAACCACCCCAGUACCCUCCCUCAGACACUCCCACGCCCCCAGACACCCCACCUGCUCCCCCAACCACCCCAGUACCCUCCCUCAGACACCCCCACGCCCCCAGACUCCUGCCUGCUCCCCGAACCACCCCAGUACCCUCCCUCAGACACCCCCACGCCCCCAGACACCCCACCUGCUCCCCCAACCACCCCAGUACCCUCCCUCAGACACCCCCACGCCCCCAGACUCCUGCCUGCUCCCCGAACCACCCCAGUACCCUCCCUCAGACACCCCCACGCCCCCAGACACCCCACCUGCUCCCCCAACCACCCCAGUACCCUCCCUCAGACACCCCCACGCCCCCAGACUCCUGCCUGCUCCCCGAACCACCCCAGUACCCUCCCUCAGACACCCCCACGCCCCCAGACUCCUGCCUGCUCCCCGAACCACCCCAGUACCCUCCCUCAGACACCCCCACGCCCCCAGACACCCCGUCUGCUCCCC